UCUCACUCUGGCUCAGAAAAAUGGAAAGAUAACUCUUUUGAGCCAUCAUCAACAUUGUUGUGUCAGUUCAAAGCUUGUGUUUUUUUGCAUUCUCCUUUUUGAAGUUCUCUUCUUGUUGGAAAUUGGAAUUGCUCUGUGCUUAUGAAGUUUCAUUUUCAAGGCUCAUGCUCAAGUUUGAACCUUCAGAAAGUUAUUGCAUUCUCCAAAAUGUGCUCCACUUUGGUUUAAUUUGGUUCCCAUCUCUGCAUAAAGUACCAAUUUUUGGCACUCAAAAUUCAUCUUUUUCGAGAAAGGCUUCCACUUUAGGGUCUCCUAUCUUUGUCCUUGCAUAUACAACUCAUACAUGGAUUACAUACACUAUGAAGUUUCAAGUUACUUUACUGCAAUCAUGUUGAAGUUCAUGGCAGCAUUCUGUGGUGGCUUAUUGAAUUUCUGAGCUUUGGAGUUUGGAGUACUCUUCUUUCAGGUGUUUGGUAUAAUUGCCAAGGUGGAAACCAAUAUCUUCUACAUUUAGAUGUGACUUUUGGACUAAGGAUCAUUCAGCUUAAUUUGUCAAUCUAAGCAUACACAGAUAUGCUUGAACAGAACUCUCACCUUAGGUCACCACUAUUGUUAUGUGUAUCCAUCUGCUUCUUGCUAUAUCCUGUUGUGAGGGCUGACAUACCAGUAGGUUCUAAGCUUUGUGUGGUUGACAAUGGCAGCUGGGUUUCCAAAAAUGGUAAUUUUGCAGUCGGGUUCUUUAACAUUUCGGAUGAACCUAACCAGUUUAGUAUUGGUAUUCGAUUCAACAACAAGUCUAUACCAUAUAGCCAACAAACAAUGGUGUGGACUGCUGGAUUUCAGACUGCAGUAGGUAACAAGUCUUGUUUCCAAAUCACCACAAAUGGAGAUAUGAUCCUGUUUGAUGAUCAAGGAAUGAUAGCAUGGAACAGCAACACCAGUAACAAGGGUGUCGUGUCGGCUUCUCUUCUUGAUAAUGGUAAUCUUGUUCUGAUGGACAGAGAGCAAAAGAUAAUUUGGCAAAGUUUUGAUGAUCCAGAUGAUACACUUCUCCCUGGACAGUAUCUAUCUUGUGAUAAAUCGCUUCGUGCUGCCACUAAGGAUGCAUAUCUGACAAACAAUGGAGCUCUACAACUUUUAGACAACAGUUCUAAUGUUGUUUGGAGUGUGUUUGGGGAAGACCACAAUGAAUCUGUGAGCUACCGAUUUCUUAGGAUAGAUGUCGAUGGCAAUCUCCGCCUAUAUUCAUGGGUGGAGGCUUCACAGUCAUGGAGAUCUGUCUGGCAAGCUGUUGAGAAUCAGUGCAAGGUUUUUGCAACUUGUGGUAAACAAGGGGUCUGUGUUUUGUCUCCCUCAGGUACUGCUGAUUGUGUGUGUCCUUUCGAGCAGACCGACACCGGGACCUGUUUGGUUCCAUAUGAACAGAAGUGUGAGCCUGGCUCCACUAUGAUGACAUAUUGGAACACACACCUAUAUGGAAUUUACCCUGUUGAUGGUCCAGGUAUCAUAAGUAGCCUGCAUCAAUGUAUGCAAUUGUGCCAGAAUGAUUCAAGGUGUACGGUCGCAACCUUUUCUAAUGAUGGUGUUCCCCAAUGCUCAAUAAAGAAAUCUGAAUAUGUCACUGGUUAUUCAGAUCCAUCUCUAAGCUCAGUAUCAUUUGUUAAGAGAUGUUCAUUUCCAUUUGCAGUAAAUCCCACACUUGGAAGCUCACCUCCAACCAAACGAGCUCCUAGUUUUUGUGUUCCUUGUCUAAUAGGAGCAGCCUCAGGCACAUGUUUCGUUGUUGUUAUCAUUCAGCUUGGAAUUGUUUUCUACAUCUAUAGAAGAAAAAUUUCUACUAGGAGGAAAGAAAAUUUAGCUUCCGCAGGUGCAAAUUCAAAGGGCUUAGUUGCAUUAUCUUUUUCAGAGAUCAAGAGCCUCACCGAAGACUUCAAGGAUCAGAUUGGACCAAAUAUGUUCAAGGGCAUGCUACCAAACAAAUCUCUUGUUGCAGUUAAAGAGCUGAAUGCACCCAUAGAUGACAGGAAGUUUCGGAGUGCUGUUCUGAAGAUUGGAAGCAUCCACCACAGGAAUCUUGUGAAGCUGGAGGGCUAUUGUUGUGAGUUCAAUCAUAGAUUCUUAGUCUACGAGUACGCCAAAAACGGUUCUUUAGAGAAGUAUAUAGACGAUUCCCCUCUUUGCAAGAAACUGACUUGGAGAAAGAGAGUUGACAUCUGCUCAAGUGUGGCCAAGGCCAUCAAUUAUCUUCACUCUGAAUGCAGGGAGUUUAUAAGCCAUGGAAAUCUGAAGUGUGAAAAUGUCAUGUUGGAUGAGAACUUAGAAGCCAAGGUGAGUGAAUUUGGGUUCGCAAUAGUAGACGGCGAGGCUGUGUACUCCGGCUUUUCGGCCGAGAGGGACAUAGCAGAUUUCGGCAUGUUAGUCCUAACCUUGUUGACCGGAUGUAGAGAUCAGACAGAACUUUGUGAGUGGUCAUAUAAAGAAUGGAUAGAAGGGAAUGCUGCAAAUGUCAUUGAUAAAAGAAUUGAAGGUGGUGCCAACCCAAAUGAACUUGAACGGGUGUUGAGAAUUGCAUUCUGGUGCCUACAAAGCGAUGAACGUCAAAGACCUUCAAUGUUGGAGGUAGUGAGAGUAUUAGAUGGAACAUUGAGUGUUGAUCCAGCACCACCUCCAUUUUCUGGCCACAGACCAUUGCUGGAAGAAUCUGAGACACAAGAAGAUGAUGUUUCAGAAUCUGACAUUCAGUAGUGGUGAUGUUCCAAACAAAUUUGUAGGAACUUUGUUCAUUUUAUUUUACAACUCUAGUCACCUUCAUACUCAACAUGUAUAGUAGUUGGACUAAGACUAACGUUUAGGUGAAAAAAAAUAGUUUUUUACCCCUCAACUUAUUUGGGGUUAUGACUAUAAACUUUGAAGGCCGUGUUCAUUUGGUAUUUUCAGGAUCUGCAUUAAUUUAAAGUCCUUUUUUUCUGUCCAA